AUGGGCAUCGCUCGACUGACUCAAGAUUUACACCCAUAUCUCGAAAGCGCGGUCUUGCCACAACGAUUGGAAAAUGGCUCCGCCAUCGAGUUUCACAAGUUGGUCAUUGAUGGUCCGUCAAUGGUGUACCAUGUCCACAACAAGGUAGCUGCGUACAAAUUCUCUACUUUACCAUCAGCCGGCUUGUUGAAUCUGCCAACGUAUACCCAACUCAGUGAUGCGGUCAAGCGCUUCCUGCACGACCUCGAGGACCAUGGUGCUAUAAUAAGUCACAUCUUCUUCGACGGAAAACUGCCAGUACACAAACGACCUGUUCGAAUCGACCGGCUGGAAAAGUCAAGAAUAGCGCUUGAGGUUCAGAAGCUCACAGACUUCGACCUAUCACGCAAUGACCACGUACAGCUUGGCCAGCAACAACUGUCAGAAGCGAUAUGGCACGAAAGGACCAAUCGACAGGUGGCGAAUGUGACCCUUCCCUUCAUCAUACCUGCUGUUAUUGAGCAGCUCAAAAGCUCAAGAUGGGCAGGUGUUGUUACUAUCGUUCCUGGUGAAGCCGAGGUUUAUUGUGCACCGGCUGCUAAGCAAGAGAAUGCUUGUGUUCUCACGAAUGAUUCGGACCUUGCUCUUUUCGAGGAUUUGCAAGAGGAAGGCGUCAUCGUCUUACUGAACAGUCUGGCAAAGAAAGUAGAAAGGGUGUAUCCAGAAAAGUCCAAAAUCGAAGCUCGUUGUUGGCGGCCCGGGCAGAUUUCGCAACAGCUUGGUGCUAAGAGUCUGGUCAGAUUCGGUUUUGAGCGCGGGGAGGAUGCUUCGGCAAAUUUUUCCACGAUAGCAGAACGAGCAAGAUCAGCUGCGAACGACAAUGACAAAGCUUUCGAAAUAUUUGCGAAACAAUUCAGAACUCAUUGCACAGUAAAAGACUCAUCUAUACCAGCCUCAAGGCUCAGAUCUCUUGAUCCUCGUCUAGCAGAAGUUGCUAGCCAAUUUCGCGACAUCUACUACAAUGACCUCGAAUCUGAGCAGCAUAAUUCCACUGGCAUAGAAAUUCAUUCAACCUUACCAAUUCUCCUCGAAGAUGUCAGUCGUGAUUCUUCAUGGAGAUAUGGGCAAGACUUCCGCCGUCUAGCCUACUCUCUUGUUGCUAACCAUUUUCUGAAAGAUGCCAUGUCUAGCUCUCAAUGUGAAAUCCAUCGAAGAAGUCGACCUCCAAUCGUCGAACUCCUCAGGAAGGGUCAGAAGAUCGCACUCGACACUGUGCAAACAGGUGCCUCCCUAGACGAGCAGAUUCAGUCGUUGCAGACCUACUGGGAUAUCUUAGCUCGAUAUCACAGCCACGAUCAACAACACUUCGAAAGCCACAGGACAACCGAAGCUUUUCUUCGCAUCAAUUUCUUGCUAUUUGGACUACAUGCAGUGCUGCUCCAAAGAUCCGAGAAUCAGAAGCGAGCCUUCUCCACGCGAAUUAUAAUGCAGUACGUUGGCAUGGCUGUUACAGCUACCUCGAAGCCCCGCAGGAACGCGAGAGACGACGAAAACAGUAACUGGAAUCUCAUGCACCUCAACGCGAAUGUGCAAUCUGUCCUAUACUCGCUACGCAUGGUGAAGCAAGCUGCUGAUUUUGUCGACAACGAUACGAACAUGCAGAAGAAAAAGAACGAAGCCCUGCUGCAGACUACACAUCUGUCACCACAAAAUAACCAAACAUUCAGGGCGCUGCUUGCUUGGCUCUCCAAGAUGCCUGCAAUCCAGGAUCUCUUUCUCGACCCUGUUCAGACAGCCGAGUUAUUCUCCAAAGUGCCUGGUGAACAACUUAAAGUUAUGCUGCGCCCACUGGCAGAGCAGUUCGACCUCCUUAAAGCUCUUGAUAUAGAGGUUGUUGAAGACGGAGCGAAGACAGAUCGGGAUGUCGAUGUGGCGGAUGUAUCGAGGAACGCAGCUGGCGACACAAAUUCAGACUCUGGAGAUCCGUGGGUUGCAGGAAGAAGCAGGAAGCGGAAGAAAGGGCCACCAGAAAAUAAGAGUGUUGACAGCAAGAAGGCCAUCCCGAGCACCCUGAGUAAUGGAGCCAACAUGUUCGAGUUGCUUAAACAGCAUGACUGA